GAGGGGAAAUUCUCAAUUCACCAGAGUAUCAGCUUUUUGAAGAUGCACGCAAGCUCACAGAGAAAGGUGUGUUUUUUCUCAAUCAAUGGAAGGAAUUUGGACAGAAGGAUACGGUUCCCCUUCGUACAAAAGGAAGACUCGAUGCAGCUCUUCAGCAGGUGGAGGAGGCAGAGGAGGCGGAGAAAGAAAUACAGGAAAACGAAAAACCUCCCAGACAACCAUUACCGGAGGGAUUCUACGAAUCCGUAUUUGAUGCAACGUGGAGUCACGUCAUGGGAUUUCCUGAGGACGAAGAUGAAUACAUGGUGGUGCGAAUGGAGGUGAGAGAGGGCAAACGGCCACAAGAGUUAUGGAAGUACAUGAGGCAGAUGAAUACUUCUUUUUCAGUGAGUGGUGAUGAGCAAUUCCGUCCACCACGCGUAGAACUCAUGAUCCUUUCCUCUGAAAAGCUAUGGCCGCACUCGCUGAACCAUUCAGUACGUAUUACCAACUGCUACAUUAACAUUGAGGUGCAUCAGGUGUGGAAGAUCGUCGAGGGUGAUCUAAAAGGAGUGUUUCUCCCUGCAGAGAGAGGCCCACCAUGCAUGAGACGCCGUCUUUUGGUUGGAGCCCCCGGGGUGGGGGAGUCAAUGGCGGCUGACUCCUACCUCCUUCAUCAGCUGCUGCACCACGACGGCACGAAGCUCCAUGUGGUUGUGUUCUGCUUUGGAAGGGAUUUUGCAUACUUGUUUGACAAGAGGACACGAACGGUGACAAUAUACGAGGGUGAGAGUAAUAUUAGAGGGGUUAUGGUAAAUUUGGCUGGGAGUGGAAUGAAGGGGUAUAUCAUCAUCGAUAUGGCAAUACAUUUUCGAGAGCCAUCGAAUGAUGUUGUGCCCUCCCCUGAGUGGGGCAUCAUUACGUUGUCGUCCCCGCACGAAAAUAACUUCAAACAAUGGGCGGAGCAGGCGGAGUAUUGGAGAAGGAUGCACAUGCACACGCAUGACGUCGGACCGAUUCCACGAUGCAUCUUUCAAUUCAAUGAAUAUGAGGACCGCGUGGAGGAAAUCAAGGACAUCCUGGUACGUAUCGACGCUUCAAAUGCUGUACAUUAUGGGAUGAUUGGAGGUAUGGGAAUGUACCCUCGAAUGACGCAUCUCACAAACUUGUGA